AGUUUGCCGCAAGGAUUAUUACGUAGAGGAACCGUGAGAAACAAACGAGUCAGAUCCGGUGAUUGGUCGAGGCAUGGGCUUCCUAUCCGCUUUGCUAUCAUCGUGUUCGAGGACAUGUGGCCAACUCAGCUGUUUUGCCUGGUACGAGUCCACGCACUUGUAACCCGCAGUCGUCGACCAUGGCGCCCGAGACUGCCGCGUCCCCGUCCGAGCGCCUGCCGCGGUUGAAUCUGGACGAGCACCUCGAGCCGAUCGACAGUUCGUCCUCGCUCAUUGACGACGCGACUACCAGCUCGACGACGUCGUCGGACAACAGCAAGGACAGCAGCACCAAGACAACAACCAAGACCAAGACACAACCUCCCUCCAAGGAAGUCGACAAAUCCAACCUCCAGGAUGAAGUCAGCGACGCUAAAGUCUCUAGAUUCCGACAGUUUUGCAACUGGGUGCAACACCUACGCGAUACCUUCGGUACUGGGUUUUUGGUGCUGAUCACAGUAGUGUACGUGGUUCAGGGCUUUUCCAGCUUCACAGCGUUAGCUGUCAACUAUUUCUUCAAGGACAACUUGGGCCUACAGCCGACACAGUCGCAGUUGCUACAGAUGAUCGUCAAAGUUCCAUGGAGAGUGAAACCAAUCUACGGUAUCCUCUCUGACAGUUUGCCUUUAUUCGGCUACCAUCGAAAGUCCUACAUGAUGAUGUGUAGUGUCCUGCAAACGGCAGCCACAUUAGUUAUGGCAGUACCUGACCUCGUCACAACACCAGCUAUAGCAGUACUCAUGCUCAUGCUGCAAAGUUUGUCGGUAGCUGUAAUCGACGUGGUGAUCGACGCUAGAGUUGUGGAGAUCUCGAGACUAGAUCCCGAAAAUGGCGCGAAUGAUCUCCAGUCUUUGUCGUGGAUAGCCACGUCGCUAGGUGGAAUGCUCGGUGCCUUCCUGUCUGGUCCAGCAACGGCUGGUUUAGGUGUGCGUGGAGUCUUCUUUGCUGCUGCAUUGGGACCAAUUACGACACUACUGUUCUCUAUGUUCAUGGAGGAAUCCAAGAGCACGCUAAGCAAGCGAGACUUUGUGUCUUCGGCGACCAAGCAGCUUCGACAGCUCAAGAUUGCUAUUUGUACUCCCGUAGUGUGGAUGUGUGCGCUGUGGGUGUUCAUCUCACACGCUAUCAGUCCUGCAUACACGCAGAUACUUUUCUUCUUCUCAACGGACGUGCUGCAUUUUUCACCCGAGUUUUUGGGAACGGUCUCGGCUAUUGGGUUUAUCUUCCUCAUGGCAGGGACAAUGCUGUACAACACGUUCUUCACGAACGUGUCCUUCCGUAAGAUCUUCCUGGUCGCUCAGCUGUGUCUCGCUCUCGUGUCACUCGUCGACGUCGUGUUGGUGACACGCGCCAACCUGAAAGUUGGCAUCCCAGACAAGGCCUUUGUACUGGGUGACCACGUGGUGGCAGACGUCAUUGGUCGUCUGAAAACCAUGCCGAUCAUGGUGUUGUGUGCUAAAUUAUGCCCCAGAGGCAUCGAGGGUACACUGUUCGCGUUGCUUAUGUCCAUUUCCAAUCUCUCCUACAGUGUGAGCGAAUUCUGGGGGGCCUUUGUCUGUGACUGGAUGGGGAUCACGAAGGACCAAUACGAGAUGCUGUGGCUAGCCAUUGUGAUACGCAGUGCGUUGAAGGUUGUGCCGAUCUUCUUCCUCUUCUUGAUCCCAUCAACAGACCCGCAAGAAAUUAUCGACAAACUGGACUUUAGCUCGCCAGCCCAUACUGACCAAGAGGACGACGACGAACACACCGGUACCAUUCGAGAGGACCACAGAGUCGACACCUGCUCACCCUCUGAACAAGUGGUACUCAAAGGCACAACAUCAUCUGCAUCUGUCGUUUAAAGGUUUAGAACGAAGCAUAAAGUGAAGGGUAGUAACACUUUUGCAAUCCAUAUUUUGUAUCUCAAUACAUAAACUAUGAAAUCCGAAAAAAAACAACAGAA